CAAACAAAGAUAUGAGGAUCUUCACAAAGCUCUCUGCACCACUCUCACUCUGCCUCCUUUUUGUCUUCCUCUGUCUUAAAACUGCCUUCUCAUCCUCUAUACAUGCUUCUUCCUUCUCAACAACACAUCUCUGCUCUCAUGAGGAGGCUCUUGCUUUGCUUCAAUUCAAGACAUCCUUCUCCAUCGAUUACACUGUUCCGUAUCCAGAUUCUUGUGGGGAAAAUUAUUCUAAGAUUGACUCAUGGAAGGGAGGUAUAGACUGUUGUUCCUGGGAUGGGGUUAGCUGUGAUAAUGUCACAGGCCAUGUAAUUGCCCUUAAUCUCAGCUGCAGUUUCCUUUAUGGCACCUUUCCUUCCAACAGCACUCUUUUCUUCCUCAGAAACCUGCAGAGCCUCAAUCUUGCCUUGAAUGAUUUUAGGCAUUCCAAGAUUCCAUUGGAAAUCAGUCAGUUUACUAGACUAAAGCAUCUUGAUGUCUCUUCUUCUCAAUUUUCGGGCCAAGUUCCGAGAGAAAUUGCUCACCUCCCCAAGUUAGUUUCUCUCAAUCUCUCUUAUUCUGAAUUGAUCCUUGAAACAACUACCUUCAGAAAUCUUGUUCACAACUUGAGCGAGGUGAGAGAACUUGUGCUUAGUGGAGUGAACAUGACAUCUGUUAAUCCUCAUUUCUUCAUGAAUCUCUCUUCUUCAUUGACUACUCUUGAUCUCUGGGAGAGUGCAUUAAGAGGAAACUUUCCAAACAGUAUUUUCCGCUUUCCAAAUCUCAAGAAUUUUUAUUUAAGUGGAAACUGGAACCUCACUAUUGAUCUUCCAAGUUCCAAUUGGAGCAGUCCUCUCCAACAGUUGUAUUUAGAUGAUAUGGAUUGCGGAAGGCAAUUGCGAGAGUCUAUAGGAGAUCUAAAGUCAUUACAGUCUCUGGGUCUUGGCUGCAACUUGGAAGGUUCCAUUCCAGCUUCCAUAGGGAACUUAUCUCAACUUACUUACCUAAGCCUCUCUCAUAACAAUCUUAGCGGACAAAUCCCACCAUCACUUGCAAACCUCACCCAACUUACCUCUCUUCACCUUUCCAAUAAUCAGUUUUCUGGUCCAUUUCUAGCUUCCAUAUGUAACUUAAGGCAACUUACUAGCCUAGGCCUCUAUUCUAGCAAUCUUAGCGAACAAAUCCCAUCAUCACUUGCAAACCUCACCCAACUUACCUCUCUUGACCUUUCCGAUAAUCAGUUUUCUGGUCCCAUUCCAGCUUCCAUAGGUAACUUAAGGCAACUUACUAGCCUAUACCUCCUUUUUAACAAUCUUAGCGAACAAAUCCCAUCAUCACUUGCAAACCUCACCCAACUUACCUCUCUUGACCUUUCAUUUAAUCAGUUUUCUGGUCCCAUUCCAGCUUCCAUAGGUAACUUAAGGCAACUUACUAGCCUACACCUCCUUUUUAACAAUCUUAGCGAACAAAUCCCAUCAUCACUUGCAAACCUCACCCAACUUACCUCUCUUGACCUUUCAUAUAAUCAGUUUUCUGGUCCCAUUCCAGCUUCCAUAGGUAACUUAAGGCAACUUACUAGCCUAGGCCUCUAUUCUAACAAUUUUAGCGGACAAAUCCCAUCAUCACUUGCAAACCUCACCCAACUUACCUUUCUUGACCUUUUCAAUAAUCAGUUUUCUGGUCCCAUUCCAGCUUCCAUAGGUAACUUAAGGCAACUUACUAGCCUAUACCUCUCUUCUAACAAUCUUAGCGAACAAAUCCCAUCAUCACUUGCAAACCUCACCCAACUUGCCUUUCUUGAACUUUGCUAUAAUCAGUUUUCUAGUCCCAUUCCAGCUUCCAUAGGUAACUUAAGGCAACUCACUCGGCUAUACCUCAAUUCUAACAAUCUUAGUGGACAAAUCCCAUCAUCACUUGCAAACCUCACCCAACUUACCACUCUUGACCUUUCAUAUAAUCAGUUUUCUGGUCCCAUUCCAGCUUCCACAGGGAACUUAUCUCAACUAUCUGACCUAAGCCUCUCUUCCAACAAUUUUAACGGACAAAUCCCAUCAUCACUUGCAAACCUCACACAACUUCGCUAUCUCAUCCUUCCUCGUAACUUACUUAAUGGCACGUUGCCACCUUGGAUUUUCACCCUACCUUUGUUAGAGUACUUGGAUCUCAGUCAUAACCAACUUCAAGUACCUGACAUGUUCUCGGUGCUUCAAAAUCUCGAAAUUCUUGACCUUUCUCAUAACAACUUAAUCGGGAAGAUUCCAAAUUGUCUUCCUAAGUCUCUCUCAGUGCUGAAUUUGCAGGCCAAUUACUUUGAUGGAAAUAUAGCAUUUGGGUUUCCAGAGGGCUGUGGAUUACGAAAUCUCAACUUUCAUGGAAAUCAAAUGGACGGCUUAUUACCAAGGUCUUUGGUGAAUUGUCGCAUGUUAGAGGUUCUAGACGUUGGCAACAACAGCAUAGAGGAUACAUUCCCUCAUUGGUUGGAAUCUCUACCACACCUUCAAGUGCUUGUCUUAAGGUCCAACAAGUUCCACGGUUCUGUGCAGAGCACCAAAGAAAGUCCAUCUUUUCCCAAGUUGCGAGUUCUGGACCUCUCCAGCAAUCAUUUUGUUGGUCCUUUGCCUGUUCGGUACAUUGAAAAUUUUAAUGCGAUGAUGGACCCUCAUAAAGAUGGUGGUUCCCCUAAAUACAUGAUGGUGUCGACGAGAGCCAAUUCUUAUCAAUAUUCAGUGGUUGUGACAUGGAAGGGAUUCGAGUAUGAGCUGCAGAAAAUCUUGACCAUAUUCAGUAGUAUUCAUCUCUCAAAUAACAUGUUUGAGGGAGAAAUUCCAGAUGUUAUUGGAAAGCUUAGUUCUCUCAAAGGGCUUAAUCUUUCUCAUAACAACCUUACUGGUCAUAUCCCACCGUCACUAGGGAAUUUGAUGAAUCUGGAAUGGUUGGAUCUCUCUUCCAAUGAGCUGGCAGGGAAAAUUCCUGAUGCAUUGGUAUCUUUGACACAACUCUCUGUAUUGAAUCUUUCAAAUAAUCAUCUCAUCGGACGCAUACCACAAGGCAAUCAGUUCAACACCUUUGGAAAUGGUUCUUAUGAAGGAAACCUUGGACUGUGUGGAUUCCCAUUGUCAAAAUCUUGUGAUGGAAUUGGGACACCGCCGAGCUCGUUCCAAGAAAAAGAUGAGUUGCGGAGAUUUGGCUGGAGAGUUGUGGUGUUAGGCUAUGGAUGUGGAGUUGUUUUUGGACUGCUGAUGGGAUAUCUUGUCUUCCGAACAGGAAAACCAAAAUGGUUUGUGUCUUUGUUUGAUGGCCGACGAAGUCAAAGUGGAAGGAAGAUGAGGAAAGCCAGAAGACUUGUUCAAAGAAGAAGCUAGUUGCAGAGUUGAUGUUUCAGAGCUUCUGAUUUAAUGUUUCCUAAAUAAGUGCUUUUCGGGUUUGAAGUUGUUGUUAUGGUUGGCAUUGGCUUGUCUAAAAUUGUCAGCCUUCUCGUCUUU